AUGGCCGAUUUCGCAAACUUUGUCAAGGACGCGCGCGAGAAGAAGAAGAACGAAUCGCUUGCACAGGAGUUUCUAGGACGAGGCCGGAAAGCUCAAGCAUCCGGCGCCGGCUUAGGCAGGUCGCAACGAGAAACAUCAGAGAAGCCCACGCUGCUGAGUCGUAUAAGCGGUGCCGGCGUACAGAAACAACGCUCGUCGUCUGCGAAACCUGCUGGUGCCGCCGCCAACAUCGACGGCAAAUGGCAGCACGACCUCCACAAGUUGAACAACCCAAACGGCCCGCCAGGGAAGAGACCCAAUCGUACCACAACUGCGCAGAUCGACCGCAAUAGCAGGACAUACGACAAGUUUGCUUCGGUGCUGAACAACAACGCGAGCGCGCGCAACAAUGACGCGCCUGGGUUCAGCAUCAGGGGUGUUGCGAACGGAGGGCCCUAUACCGUCAUUGCGAGCAACUUUGCGCCAGGAACGACAGCGGCAGACAUUGAAGCUGUCAUGAUGCCUGUUGGAGGAGAGACGUUGGGGUGCAGACUGAUUUCUGCAGCGCCAACAGUCAUGGUGGAGCUCCAGUUCGUGGACAAACAAGGUGCUGAGAAUGUCAUUGCGACAUUCAACAACCAGAAGGCCGACGGCAGGCUACUUUACGUAUACAUGAAAGAAACACCAGCAAGCAACGCGAUGGCUCACUCCCGACCCCGGCCAGCACGCCCUGCGCAAACAUUCGAUGACAUGGAGGUGGAUACAAAUGGCGCCGCCGCUCGCAACGGCAGCUUCCAGGACGGGCGAUUUGGAUUUAGCGAAGGCAGCCAGAGAGACCCGCCUCGUGGACCUCGCAGACGAUACUAG